AUGAGAUUUUUGCUGACUUUGUGUUGGCUUUUGGUGCUCUCGUUGGCCGGAUCGGUGCAACGAUCGAAGCGUCAAGUGUCUGUCUACUAUUUGUGCCCGGGCAAUAAUGGUGGAUAUGUCAGUCAAUACCCUUGCUCGAACAACUGUGGAAACAACAAUUGCAACUACAACAACAACUACAACAACAACAACUACAACUACAACUACAAUAAUGGAUGUUAUGGAGGCACCAAUUGCAAUUAUCCGGCUCAGUCUCUCCCCUACUCUUUCUACAACAGCGGCUAUAAUUGCAACACUGGAUGCUCGAAUGUAAACUGUGGAAAUUAUCAGGGAACAACAAUCAAUGGUCAAUACGUCGCCUAUUCUCCAUUCAACAAUCAGUAUUCGGCGUGCGCAUCGAAUUGUUGCAAUAACUAUUACAAUCCAUACACAAACAACGAUAACAACUUCGUGAACACAUGGGGUAAUAAUGGAAACGUCGUCGAUCCAAACGCGCCGAUCGUUGGUGAGGGAGUCUCCGUGGCGGCAAGAAGCCCCACCGUUCCCCUCGUUGCGCCCGAUCUCUCCGCCUCCAUUCGAGCAACAAAAGGC